CAGCACCAUUAACCUCCCCAGCAUCGACAGAGACACAUUCAUCCUGCCUUCAGGCCCUUGGCUGGCAGAUCACUAUGACGGACUUCACAGGAGGCAAAGGGCAACCACCUCCGUAUAACAAAUGUUGGACUCUUCCAAGACAACAUGUCUCGCAUAUGCACCAAGACAAACGGUAUACAUCAGAUUUCUGGCAUGCACCAGCCUUCCAGCAGCAGCAAACAUGCACACAAAAUUUCAGCCGUGAUUGUGACGAGUGGGCAGCUCCAGGCUCCGGCAUGGGUGGAGUUUUGCGGGAUCACACCAACUGGACUGAGCAGCCAGUGUCCUGUACCGCGGGUGCUCUGAACGGUGAAUCUCACUGCAAAGGUUACAGUGAGUAUCAGAAACAGGGAAUGGAGUGGAGGAAAACUGAGAUAGAGAGAGUACGGAAAAAGCAAAUAAGUGAAAGUAGGAGGCAAAUUGAAGAGUGGAGGAAGAGGUGGGAGCGAAAGACCCCUCCGGACUACAAGGCAGGUGUAAAGGCAAACCGGAGCUCUGCCAGCCACCAUAAGCUAGAGGCCUGGACAGACCGAUACAGCCAAUCACCACCCAGAAAGAAAGACAUGGAUGCCAGAAUAUGGGGGAGUGUCCAGGGAGUGCAGGAUAGGCUGAAGAUCCCAGAUAGAAUAAGCAGAGCUGGGAGCAAUGAUACUCAAAGAAUCUUCCAUUCAUCUGAACAGUAUAAUCACAUUAGAGGAUGGGAACAGAGAUAUCAUGGACAACUUAUGGUGCCCCAUACUUUGCCUCAGUCACCAGUUCUUGGAAAAAACUGGAGGAAGGAUAGAAAGGAAAACAAUCCAUGUUUACAGCAAAGAGUUUUUAAUCAACCUCCGUGCUACAUUCCACCACCACCCUACCGUGCCCCUCAUACUAUCAAGCAUCAAGAAUAUGCUUACAAGUAUCCCACGCUCCCAGUCUCCAGAAAACAAGAAUUUUAUGGAGGUUUACAAAAAGAGAGAGAAGGUUAUGAAAAGUGGAAGAGAACAAAGUGGAUGGAUAUUGACUUCAGUCAGGGAGAAGUUGGCAGGAGGACCUGGGAAGACCCCAUGGCUGCAUUGAAAUUGCUUCCAGAAUGUUUCGCUCAGCUGGUUUCUUCUAAACAUUCAGAGAUGAUGGCUGAACCUGGAAAAGUGGUGUCAACUCCAUCUCUUGCUAGUUCUAGAACUACGUUCAAGAAAAACAGAGGGGGAGAGACUCUCUUUUGCCCGGUGUCACAGUCUCGGGGUGUAGCCAGGUUGACUGCUUCCCCUAAAGAACACUUACAGUCGUCUUUGCAACGGCUGAGUGAUGCACCACUUACCCAGAAGGAAAAUGUCGGUACGGACAUAUCUAAGAGAGGAUGGAUAGAGAGCAUCGGUGGUUCACAGACAGAGGUUGAUUCUGGAAUGAUACAAUCUAAACAGCCAAAUAAGCCUCUUACUUUUACUGCAAAUCAGACUUCUCAUCUGAAUGUGAACCGUGAUUCUAGGCAGUACUCUGCUCCAUCCUGGCUGCAGAACAAGCCGGUAACUUCAUACAGAGAAGACCUGGUCGGUGUUGUUCAAGGUCGACCAAAGAACAUCGCAGGCAAAAAGAAAAAUCCAUCUGACAGGGAUGAGGCUUUGGUGAUGGGCUCUAAGGUUCAUGUGCCCCCUGUAAUGAAAAAGGAAACACAGCAGCCCUGUAAUCCAACUUCUAGGGAGUUUCCUUUAUGGAAAGAGCCAAGUCGUAUGACCAGACCCAGAAAUGUAUCUUCAAUUCAGUGCAUUAAAAGUAAUUUGGAACGACAAAGUGAAGUGGACCAUUAUGAAAAGCAAAGAGACAAUAGUCGUUUCAUCAAUAAACACAUGGCUAAAGAAAAGGGAGGUACUGCAUCCAACAGGGGUGACGGCAUUCUGGUUAUAGAUGCUACCUGCGUUGUUGUCAGAGCAGAAUUUAUUCCUUCUCCAAAAAAAGAACAAGUGCAGUACAUAUACCCACCUGAGGGUAAGAAUUAUGAGGUUUGUAGAGGUCCAAGCAGUGCUAUUUCUCAACUUGAUUUGGAUAUUUCACAACGGAAUAUCAUUAUGCAACGUGGAACAGAUGUAUCACCAGAGAUACUUCUAGAAGAACCAAAAAGUGAAGAUGAUCAAAAGUGCAUCAAUGAAUUGCCCCAGAGUAAUGGAGACGCUGGUAUGGAAGAUGUGAGGAAGACCAGCUUGCUCUCUUCAGCAGCUUUUGAAAAUGGGAGCCUGGUGGAGAGGCCUCUGAGAAUUGUGGGAGGUACUGUCCACAAACCCAAUACUAAUCAUGAGGCUUCCAGUCAACCUGCGGUAGUUGGCUUGUCAAAUGCAUCUGUUUACAUGCAGCCUGGUCCAUCCCCUCCUCAGGCACGUUCCAGCUCUCUGUACCCAAGUGACAGUUUUGAAGGAACUGAUUCCAUCUUUGGUGACCAGUUUUUAUCAGAUUUGGAUGGAGCUGCUGCUUUGGGACAAAAUCCGAGAAUCAGCAAAGAAAAACAGUUAAAUGACAUGGGACACUCAAUGCCGCAUGUGUCUGAAAAGAGUCCAGUUAUUAAUCAUGUUGAAAAACAAGACAUCUUAGUGACUGAGAACAUGUACAGCGAAGAAUCUUUACCCAUUCCUCAUACCAAACAGGAAAUGUCUCAUCAUAAAGAGGACAUUCCUUUCUCACCACCUAGAUUUCACUCUGUCUCAAGUCAGCUGUUGCCUUCUGUAUCCUACUCUCUCUCUCCUUCCCUGUCACACACUCCCCCCUACCUCAACCUUGAAUCACUCUCAGAUUUUCCCACCCUUAGCUUAGAUACAACAGAUACAGACAGCAUCUCCCUGCCUCCUCCCCUCUGUCAUCCGAUUACCAUCUCUCCAAAUUCAGAGAGAAGAGUCGCUGCAUCUUCUCAGUCUCCAGAGAGUCAUGCUUUACCUUGUUCCCUCUGGGAUGCCGUCAGUCGAAUCCGGAGGCAUACCGCCCCGGACUCUGAGAACGAAGAAGAAGAAGCUGGUGAAACGUGGAACAAUCAAGGGAAUAUGAAGAAGGAAGCAGAACUUAAGGGGACGUUGUUUGCCCAGGGUAGCCGCCAGGAAGUAGACAAGUGCAGUGAGAAGAAAAAUGCGUCACAGCGUCAAGAGGAUUUAGAUUUGGUGGAAAAUGGAUCACAUAGGAGAUCGAGAGAUCAGGAUAAAGAACCUGUCCCUGCAGAUGGAGCCAGUGGUUUGCAGGUGGCGGAGAAUGUUUCACUUAGUGAAAAGACAGGGUUAAAAGAUAUAGAACGGUAUGAGAAUGAACUGCAGAGACAAUGUGAGGAUGACACACAGUCCUGGAGCAGCUCUGAUAGUCACACUUCAACAGGCACUGUGAUUACGGGUCAAGAAAUACAGGCGAUCAGUGAGGAAAUGAUGCCAAAGGCAAGAGACUGUGUGUCAUGGAUGGAAGCCAUCGGCAGCCCAACGUCUACUGCAUGAGUAAAGGUGACAUGUUAAGGACUGUAUGCAGCAGUGGAAAGUCCAGAGUGGACAUGAUUAGUAGACGUACAUUUUAUUCCUUGGUUGCAUGAAUGAAAAGAAAAUAAAUGAAAAGGGGUAAAUUAACAACUAGAGAAGUACUGGAGAAAAUUGUAUUUGGAGUGAUGGCAUAGAAGGUCCUCCAUACUUUGAGGUUGUAGGUGGCCAAACUGAAGAAAAAAUAGAGAAGUUUUCCAUGAAAAGUGACAGGUUUAAACGGAAAGUACUUACUGAAGAAACCCAUUGUUUGGAAGAUAUGCAAGCCAAGAGUUGUACACUAGAACGUUUGUUGGAGAUUAGAAAAUUACAAUAGUGAAAUGAAAGCAGACAUGUCCAGACUUAAUUUUGCCUCUGGAACUGGAAAAAGGAAGAGAGUUGUGGCAGUUAAGACACAGGACAAGACAAAAUCAGGGAAACUUAAGAGGAGACUCCUUUAAUUUAGAUUAAUUCACCCCCCCCCCCCUUAAUAUACAGACCUUUGUAUUUAAGUUAUGAGAUUGUGCCCCCCAGUUGAAUUGGGGAAAAACAUGUGCCAGUACCCGCCUUGUUAGUUAGUACCAGCGGAUAUUGAGAAGUGCCAGUACCCUGAAGAGAAAAACAGACUUGCUGGUACUGUGUACUGGUGAGUACCAGCCAACUCCAAGCUCCAGUACCCCCCCCCCCCCCCAUAACAAACUCUCUCCUACGUCGGCCUUA